AUGGCUCGGAUUCAUAACACUCCAGAAUCUGCUCUGUCGCGUGCCGACUCCAGGAGCGAGGCCACCACGUGUAGAGGCCUGACGACCCAAGGCCGGCCCUGUCGUCGCGCUUUAGCCUCAUCCGCGACACCGUCCCCGGCGGCGACGCCUCAAAAGAAAAACAGUCACCAUGGUGUGACCGACAGGUCGGAAUUAUAUUGCUGGCAGCAUAAAGACCAAGCCGAAAGUGCCGUGCCCGCGCAAAAUCAACCGGGGACUCCAAUCAAACCCCGAACGAGCAUCGACACGCUCAUGGAUAGACUGGGCGUACUCGAGAUUCAAGACAAACCGUCCACUCGACCAAAGCCUCCCCGUCAGAAGACGAGCUACCAGCAAGGUCCUGGGGAAAAGCGCCGCCCGAAGAGAAGAACGUUUUGCUGUUUUGAGAUAGUCGACGACGAAGACCAGUCAGUAGCGCCAAAGCCUCGACCCGUGCAGAGUCGCCCGCAACAAAACGUGCGACCGCCCCCGACUCAAACACUACAGCGACCGACUACCCCGCAGGGAAGACAUUCAUCGUCAUCUUCGCAGACGCCGGUGCUGCUAUCAUGGAUUCCCGGACACCUCUCCCCACAGACAACAUCGGUGCUCUUGGCAGAGCUGGCGAAGCCAAUCUCGGACGCCGAUGAGGAAGGCUACAUUUACAUGUUCUGGAUAACACCUCAAAAGUCGACACGAGAUGGCCAAUCGCCAGUACCGAGAGAACUUGCUGCGUCUAUCAUGCCCACACACCACGAAGACCACCACGGCAGGUUACGCCCCCCGGGCCAGACCCGCAGUAUCAGCGACGCCAUUAGUGCGGCGAGAGAUCUGGACGCUCUGACCGCAAAGCCGUCGAACUCAAGCCCCGGCGCCAUUCGUCUGAAGAUCGGUCGCACCAGCAACGUGCAUCGUCGACUCGCAGAAUGGACUCGUCAAUGUUCCUAUGAUCUGACCCUGAUAAGAUACUAUCCAUACACACCAUCAUCUGCGUCCCAAUCUCCCGUGAGGAAAGGCUCUGCCACCUCGGGAGGAUUUCCGCAACCGGGCAGAAAAGUCCCGCAUGUGCAUCGCGUCGAACGAUUGAUUCACCUGGAGCUGGGCGACCUGCGUCUACGUGAUCUGGGCCGUUGUGACGAAUGUGGCAAAGAACAUCGGGAAUGGUUUGAGGUCGAGGCUGCAAAGGAGGCAUUGCAACGGGUCGACGAUUGCGUGCGACGAUGGGUUUCCUGGGCCGAGUCGAUGCCUCGAUGA